UUUGACUCUUGUAAGAAACACGUAUUCAUCCCUCCGAAAGAAAGAAAACUUCUUUCAACUUGUGUUCGCCGAAAGAUAAUCUCGCGCCGUUGAAGGACCUGGAUUUUCCUCAAUAGACUGGGGAGCCGAGAACUACGUCACAGGAUGUCCGAUACGAGCGCCCGGAAACGUAAACAGGGAGAUGACAAUGCGAAAGCCGCAACGCGCAACACCCGUGAAUGGGCACUGUGUACCCCAGCCGCAUUCUCAGACGACCCUGAAGCCAUAGAGGAAAAUGAAGCUUGUGAUUACAGCAUCAGGAUCACCAUGGACAUGGCGAAGGCAGGAGAAGCGCCGCGUACAAUAAGGAUGUACGCUGACGGAAUCUACGAUUUGUUCCACCAAGGGCAUGCUCGCCAACUCAUGCAAGCGAAGUCUAUGUUCCCUAACGUCUACCUCAUCGUUGGCUGUUGUAGCGACGAAAUGACGCACACUAGAAAGGGGAAAACAGUCAUGACGGACUCAGAGCGCUACGAAGCUCUACGUCACUGCCGAUACGUCGACGAGGUUGUACGGGACGCCCCAUGGGUACUCACCGAUGAGUUCUUGGAAAAGCACAAAAUCGAUUUCGUUGCACACGACGACCUGCCGUACGGCUCAGUGGGCAACGAUGAUCUAUACAAAUUGAUAAAAGAGAAAGGAAUGUUCGCCCCAACGCAGAGAACGGAAGGGGUGUCCACGUCCGACCUGGUUGCGAGAAUUGUUAAAGACUACGAUCUCUAUGUGAGGAGAAACCUCGACAGAGGCUACUCCGCAAAAGAGAUGAACGUCUCUUUCAUAAAUGAGAAGAAAUUCAUCCUGCAAAACAAAAUGGACGCACUUAAGAAGAAAGGCAACGACUUUGUCGAAAACCUCGGAGAGAAGAAACACGAAAUCAUAACGAAGUGGGAAGAAAAGUCCCGAGACUUCAUUCACAGCUUCCUCGAGCUUUUUGGUCAGGACGGAGCCUUGAACCUGCUUUGGAACGAGAGCAAAGGCCGCAUCCGGAGUGCGCUGUCACCACCGGACUCACCUGUCGCCGCCGACGAUGACGACGACGACGAUGAGGGGACCCAUCACGCGCAGCUCAGCCCAAGAGACGAUGCCGAUGACCGAGAUUCUCCUCCGACGAAGCGAGGACGGAACCUUCAUUCACCGUCGUCGACCAUGAGCGACGAUGCCUACGAUUCCGGGGAAAGCGAUCGAUCAAAGAAUAACGGAAAUCGUAGACGCAAACGAUGAUACGCGGAGUUUUCUGGGCCGAGUGAAGGCUGUUUGAACAGUUUCAGCGACGAGUCCAGUUUCGAACAAAGACAGGUAUACGAAUGAGGCAACGCAUUGCCCUCGACACAUGUACGCAUGGCUCUCGGAGGGUAUUUCUUCACUUUGAGUGCCUUAGUAUUGAGACGAGGCGAGAUUUUAUUUUCUCGUUGAAUAGAGGGUGACCCUGACUGAAAGACUUUCAAACGAAGUUAGUUUUUCUCUUAUAAUACACGUCGAGCAUUUGGUGAGAGUCUAGUGAGAAUUUUCGACCAGACCGGAUGCGACAGCUCUGGGGAUUCAGUUGAGGAUUUCCUGUUUUCCAGUGAAUAUUGUUAAAGACUGAAACGAAAUAAACUGAUGCAAAAACUUUA